UUGGUCCCGCUCGGCCAGGGUUGGCUUAAAGCUGGGUGCCCACCAACCCGAGACCUUGAAUCGCAAUAAAACCCGGUGGAAAGCGAAAGUAGUCUUUUUAGAGCGAGACGUAGGACACUCAUUUGAAGAAUAACCUGUUUGUCCAGAGCCAUAAUGAAAAGAUUGCAUGAGGACCUCUCGCCUGCAGGGAGUCCGGUAGACGGGGACAUAUUGGUAAACAUUUCCACUACAGUGCAAUAAAUAAAUAAAUCCCCUACAGUGCAGGGAAUGAAUGCAGUAGCUGGAAAGUUUUGAAGGAAUAAUCUUCGUUGAUGCAGCAGAGAAAAUGAAUAGAUGGAAAAAUGUAAAAAACGUUAAGCAGCAUUUUUGGCCUUUUCUCAUUCUGUUCCGUUUAGAGUGAUUGCACUGUAAAAGCGAAGUCCUUGCCGCCCUUUGGUCUUCGGGUCUGUCUUCCAGCAAUUAAAUAGCACUCAUCCUCCAGUCUAGUACAGGCCUCCUGGUUCGCAUGAGUACUUGAAUCUCAUUAAUCUUUCCUUCUAUGACUUCCCAUUUUUCUCCUCUAUGUCACAUAUUUUGGGAAUAGGUGUUGGCCAGUAUAUAACUACUUACAUCUUUGGUCCCCAUGUGAAAAGUCGCGGGAAUGGUACUCACAAAAUUAAUUGUAAGUUUUAAAUGAAAGCAUUUGCCAGUUAGAACAUCUUUCAUCUAUUAUGAUAAUAGUUGCUCUGUUUUCUUUAGGCUGAAUGUAUCCUUACAUCCAGCAAGUCUUACUGGUUUUACCUGCCAAAAAAAAAAAUGUCUUGACUUUGCUACUUUGCCACUACCCUGGUUUAAUCCUCUGGUCUCCUUGGACAACUGUAAGUGCUAUUUCCCUUCUUAUCCCUUCCAAUCGAGUCUCUGUUGAUAUUCCACAAGCAAAAUCAGUCUUUGCAAAACAUGUAACUCCCUACUGAAAUAAAUGAGAGUAGUGUUCAUAACUGGCUUCUGGAUAAUUUGGUUUCUGCCUUCCUCUGCCUCUUGUGCAGCCAUGCCCCUCCCUCACCCUACUGAAGCUGCUCUGUGCUUUGGCUUUCUCAGGCUUGUAGAGUAAUUUCUAGCCUUAAGACUUUUGCUUGAAAUGCACUUUGAGUGUCUGGCUCUUUCUCAUCCUUUGACUCUUUGCUUCUCAGAAGAAUCUUCAUGUAGAUCAUUCCAUGUUAGUACCCAGCUAACUGGGUACUACUGGAAUUUAUCUCCAUUUAUAAUUUUAUUUGCUUGCAUUUAAUUUUUUUCUGUUGUCUGUAUUAGUAUAUGAAUUUCAAGUAAGGGCCUUGUUUAUAUUUCCUUCAGCGAGCACUCUGGUGAUUGACCUAAUUAUAAUGCAUCUUACAUUAUUCUCUAGUGGUAGGGCUAUCUCCUUUAUAAUACCCUAUGUUAUUUGUGGGUGGAAGCUAAGUAUUUUAUAUCUUCAAUUUACCCCCUGCACAUAAGUGGUGAGCAUAUAUUUAUUGAGUUGAAUUGACAUGCUUUUCAGGUUGUAUGUUCAGUCUUUUGAAAGUACCUUAUUACUGUACUGUAUACUGCAGCAAACUCUUCAAUGCUACAGAGCUAGAACAGGGAUGGACUCACCUUUCUUAUGUCUCAUUUGUGCUGCCAUCAUUGUCUGCUUGAUCUUCCCAACAGACCUUCAGUGUUCAGUGAGGGAGCUUGAAGAUGCUGAAAGAGCGUCCAGGGAUGGCAGAAGAUCCUCAGCAGCAGUUGGGUGCUCCUGUGGUAAAACUGGAGAAAGAAUUGCCCUGGGGCAAGGGAAGGGAGGAUCGUAGUCCUGAGUCUUUUCGCCUGAGGUUUCGGCAGUUCCGCUACCAGGAGGCAGCCGGUCCACAUGAAGCCCUCAGGGAACUCCAGGAGCUCUGUCGCCAAUGGCUGAGGCCUGAGCUGCACACCAAGGAGCAGAUCCUGGAGCUGCUGGUGCUGGAGCAGUUCCUGACCAUCCUGCCCCGGGAGUUCUAUGCCUGGAUCCGGGAGCACGGCUUGGAGAGUGGCAAGGCCCUAGUCGCCAUGGUGGAGGAUUUCACAGAGAGAGCAUUGGAGGCCAAGGCGGUUCCAUGUCACAUGCAGGGAGGCCAGGAGGAGGUAACACUUUGCAGAACCCCUUGGGAAUCGAGUGGCCACCUGGGGCCAGUGGAGGUCAAGCCUGAGUGGGGGAUGCCUCAGGGAGAAGGAGUUCAAGGCCUAGACCAAGGCGCUGAGGAGCAGCUCAAUGAGGACCCUGGAGAUGGGACGCAGGCCUUCCAGGAGCAGGCUCUGCCAAUUCUUCAGGCUGGUCCUGGCCUCCCCCCAGUGAAUACCAGAGACCAAGAGAUGGCAGCUGGGUUCCUCACAACUGGAUCCCAGGCGUUGGGACCAUUUAAAGAUAUGGCCUUGGCCUUCCCCGAGGAGGAAUGGAGGCAUGUGACUCCAACCCAGAUAGACUGCUUUGGGGAAUAUGUGGAAGCACAGGACUGUGGGAUCUCACCUCCAGGCAUUGGGAACAAGGAAAAGGAGGCAAAAACCCAGCCGGCAGAUCUCAAGGGGGCGCUUGUUCAAAUGACAUCAGAGAGAUUUGGGGAAGGUGCCCUCCAGAGCCCUGAACUGGGAAACACCUGUGAGCCGGAGCCCGGUAGCUCUGUGGGAACCAUGCCAGGGCUGCCUCCUCCCCAGCAGGGUGUCGUGCCCCUGCCUGAUGACCUCAAGACCCAGAACUCCUUCUGGAAGCCUUUUCAGUGCCCUGAGUGUGGGAAGGGCUUCAGUCGGAGCUCAAAUCUUGUCAGACACCAGCGAACCCAUGAAGAGGAGAAAUCCUACGGCUGCGUGGAGUGUGGGAAAGGGUUCACUUUGCGGGAGUACCUUAUGAAACACCAGCGAACCCACCUGGGAAAGAGACCCUAUGUGUGCAGCGAGUGCUGGAAAACCUUCAGUCAGCGGCACCAUCUCGAGGUGCACCAGAGGAGUCACACAGGAGAGAAGCCCUACAAGUGUGCCGACUGCUGGAAAAGCUUCAGCCGAAGACAGCACCUGCAGGUGCAUCGGAGGACGCACACCGGGGAGAAGCCAUACACCUGUGAGUGCGGCAAGAGCUUCAGCAGGAACGCUAACCUGGCGGUGCAUCGGAGGGCGCACACAGGGGAGAAGCCUUAUGGGUGCCAGGUGUGCGGGAAACGGUUCAGUAAAGGGGAGCGGCUGGUCAGACACCAGAGGAUUCACACCGGGGAGAAGCCUUACCACUGCCCAGCCUGUGGGAGGAGCUUCAACCAGAGGUCCAUCCUCAAUCGACACCAGAAAACUCAGCAUCGCCAGGAGACCCUGGUGCAGUGAGGGUGCUCUGCGGAAACACCUGUUUUUGCUAAUGGAAGGCGGUGUGGGGUGGGGGGGACCAUGAAGCAGAGGGAGAGCUCAAGGAGAUGUCAUUCAUCUGGAUUCUCUGAGGACUUUGGGGGCUGGCGGACUUGGGGUAUGAAGGGGCACAGAAAGGCACCCUAAUCCAUUUGCACUCAUUCUCAAACAGAAGGGCAAGACCUGGCUGAGUUUCAGGAGAGCAGUUUCUUAUCUCUCUUACCCAAGUGGUGCUGACAGUUUUUCUUAUGAUCUUUUGGAGGAAAGAGAAUCCUGUUUCAGUUCAGGUCGAGGUGGUUUUCCUUCAGUGGAAUGAUCAUACCCACCUCCGGGGUCUGACAGUCAAGGCCAAAUUUUGUUCCAUGUUGGCAGUUUGGACCUCCUUUUCCAGGGGCUGUGUUCUGCAGGGCAUUCACUCACACUAACCCCCCUUCCAGUUGACAAGUAUCACUGAACACCUGCCCUGCGCCUGGCCCUGCAAGUACAGUGGUGAAGGAGAUGGAUGAGGAGACCUCAUUCCCCAGGGCUGGUGACUCAGCACAACCUGCACACGACCGACAGUGACAGCCACGUGUGCUCCGUGGCGUUUGUGGCACAAGCUGUGCAGGGGGAUGUUUUGUGCACAGCCAGCUGCCCGCCUGCCUGGUGCUGGAUCUGCCCCACGUGGUUGGGGUCUUCUGGGCAGCCUUGCUUAUUUUGUCCUAUUUGUAGCCCUCCUUUUCCUCUGUAACGUUCUACCCUCCUCUAUAAAGUUUCCCCAUUCCAUUUUUCUUUGUACCGUGACAAAUGUUUAGCCCUCUGUUAGGAAAUUAAUAUUUUGCUAUUGAUGACUGAAUAAACAUGAGAGUAUUUUAAAAAUAUUCAAUUCUAUAUAAAGUUUAAUUCCUUGAAUCUGAAAGAUGAACUAAUGUCAAUACCCUAUGUUGAUGGCACUUUAUAGUGUAAUGCUUUUCUCUGUAUUCUCACUUGAUUCAUCCCACAAAUAUUUAAAAGGUCCAGCUGGGGGUCGUGUGCUCUUCCAGGCCCCCUCGACGCAUCUCCGAGUAAGGUGGCGGGAGAGUCCCUGCCAUCGUGGAGUUUCCAUUUCACUGAGUGUAUUUGAACUUCAGAACCACCUGAGAUGGAACUGUGGCUGCUCUUGAGCCCGCUGGACCUGGAAUCUGAGCCUUGUCCUUGUUCCUGUCACCUCGCUGUCCUGAAAGUCACUGGCCACCUACCUCUUGUUACUGAAUCGUCUCUGUCCUCAGUGCAUCUAGGUCCCGUCAUCCGAGAGGAACCGGGGGUCCUAGAGGCUAGCUGGAGAUGAUGAGACAGUAGCGUCCUAUUUUGCAUGAGUGUCAAUUCAGAAAAAAUAACCCUGUCUGUAGGCAUUUUAAAUACAUUUCUUGAAAAAUGAGAAGAUACAAUAGUUGUAACUAUGCUCAAGCUUAUAUUACUUUACCACUACUAAAAGGUUUCUUUUCUGUUUAAACUUUUGGACCUUGCUUAACUAGAAUGGACCCUGCUGCAGUGUUGCCUUUCAGUGUUAGCUGCUGAGUAGUUUGUUGUGGACAAUAUAAUUGGAAGCUGUGAUUGUCUGUGGUGCCUUUUAAUACUGCUUUAGUGAAAGUUUUGUUUC